CCGCUAUAAGAAGAUACAUAAAUCACCGGCGAGGAAACAGUUUACCAGUUGGAGCAGCCACUACUCAGUUCGCUCGAUCCAAUAGAUUCCGGAUAUAAUGUCUACCAGGCUCGGAAGCGUUUUCAUCAGCGAUCCCGUGGACGCGUGCUGCGCCGAGCUGCUGACUCGCCACGGCGUUCCCGUGACGACCAAAUACAAGUUAUCGAAAGAGGAAUUGAUAAAAGAACUGCAGAAUCACGAUGGAUUGAUCGUUCGAUCGGAGACGAAAGUGACCAGCGAUGUGUUCGCCCGUUGCCCGAAUCUUCGCGUGGUCGGUCGCGCUGGAACCGGAGUGGAUAACAUCGACCUCGAGGCUGCCACGAAGAAAGGAGUUAUCGUGUUAAAUACUCCCGGUGGGAACAGCAUCAGCGCUUGCGAGUUAACGUGCGCGUUGAUAUCUAGCUUGGCACGGAACGUGGCCCAGGCAGCCCAGUCGUUGAAGGAAGGACGAUGGGACAGGAAACUGUACUCCGGUUACGAGUUAUACGGGAAGACGCUCGCGGUUCUCGGCAUGGGACGGAUCGGCCGCGAAGUCACGCGCAGGAUGCAGUCGUUCGGGAUGCUUGUGGUCGGGUUCGAUCCUCUGCUCACGCAAGAGGCCGCUAACCAGUUGGGUAUCGAGAAGCUCUCGUUGGAAGAGAUCUGGCCGCGAGCCGAUUACAUCACCGUGCACACGCCUCUCAUUCGUCAAACAAAAAAUCUGAUAAACGCGACGACGCUGGCGAAGUGCAAGAAAGGGGUACGCAUCGUGAACGUGGCCCGCGGUGGCAUAGUUGACGAGGAGGCGCUAUUAAACGCGUUGAAGUCCGGCCAAUGCGGCGGAGCCGCUUUGGACGUGUUCGUCGAGGAACCACCGAAGAAUCCUAUUACCCUCGAGUUGAUAGCACAUCCUAAAGUCGUCGCUACUCCUCAUCUGGGAGCAAGCACCGAGGAAGCUCAACAACGAGUCGCCGAAGAGAUAGCUCAACAGUUCUUAGUACUAGCAGGAAAAUCGACGGAAUAUGCAAUCACUGGAAUAGUGAACGCUCCGGUGUUGACUGCUGCAUUGUCAGACGAGAACGCGCCGUGGAUCGAACUUUCGAAAAAGCUGGGCAUGCUGGCUGCCCGAUUGUUAAAGGGGAAACUGAACGUCGCGGUGCAGAGCCAGACGGUUGGCGAUAAAGCAAUGAAGGACAGGGAAUUCGUUCACACCGCUGUCCUCGUUGGUAUUCUGUCGGGGCAAACGAAGAACGGCUUGAAUCUAAUCAACGCGCCUACUCUCGCCCGAAAUAGUGGCAUCGACGUAAAGGGAAGCCAUCAGGAUUCAACCGGUGAACAAACUAUCGUUGUUCAAGCAGGAGGACAUAAAAUCAAAGGAACUGUGCUUAAUAAUCAGCCACUGCUGCUCUCGAUCGACGACGCGGCUUUUACUAAUGGGAUCGUGUUGGGGAAUCAUAUCUCCUUGUAUCGAACGACGAACGCACAGGAUUUGGCGCAAAUCGUGAACGCUAUGAAAGGCGUGAACGUUCGCGAUUUGCACGCGAACGCUGGCUGGACGAUCGUUCAAACCGAUCGGGAAGUCUUAGCGCGCGUCGAUGGUAUCGAGACGUUCUAAGCUCGAUGAUGUCCUGCUUGGAAACAAGACUCAGUAUUCCACGAUUCUUGAGACGAAUCUCGAUUUUUUAUUUAUUAUUCGAAAAGGAGGUGGGAACUUAUGAAUCUUUAUUAAUCUCCUAUACGUACACAUGUAUUCAAAAAAUCAUUUAUACAAAAUAUAUAUGUAUGUAUAUGUA